UUUGCGCGCGUGUCCUGGCGGAGUCCUGCUCCCAUUCAUCCCCGUGAGCGUACAACCAUCUGUCGCGCACAGGUCUUCCUCUGGGGAGGGACUCCUGGCCGGAGGCAGCGGCCACCCGGGGACCGCGACCAGAGGCCGGGCAGAGAGCGCAACUGACUCCAGUGGUCGGGGGCUGGAGACCACAGCCUACCAUGCAGACGUGCGCCAAGGCCUGGGGGCUGCGCCUGGGCUGCAGGGUGGCGGGCGGCCGCUGCCUGGAGGGAGGCGCAGGGCAGCUUUGGGCACGGCAGAGCCGGGGCAACAGUACUGGCAGCGGCGGGGCUGGGGCCUCGCGCCUCCUCGAGCGCCUCCUGCCCAGACACGACGACUUCGCCCGGAGGCACAUCGGACCUGGGGACAAAGACCAGAAGGAGAUGCUAAAGGCCCUGGGACUGGCGAGCAUUGAUGAAUUGAUGGAGAAGACGGUCCCCGCCAGCAUCCGUUUGAAAAAACCCUUGAAAAUGGAAGACCCUGUUUGUGAAAAUGAAAUCCUUGCAACUCUCCGUGCAAUUUCCAGCAAAAACCAGAUCUGGAGAUCGUAUAUUGGCAUGGGCUAUUAUAACUGCUCGGUGCCCCAGACCAUUUUGAGGAACUUACUGGAGAACGCAGGAUGGAUCACCCAGUAUACUCCAUACCAGCCAGAGGUGUCUCAGGGCAGACUGGAGAGUUUACUGAAUUACCAGACCAUGGUGUGUGACAUCACAGGCAUGGACAUGGCCAACGCAUCCCUGCUGGACGAGGCAACUGCAGCUGCAGAAGCCAUGCAGCUGUGCCACAGACACAACAAGAGGAGGAAAUUUUUUGUUGACCCUCGUUGCCACCCACAGACAAUAGCUGUCAUCCAGACUCGAGCUAAAUAUGCUGGAGUCCUCAUUGAGCUGAAGUUACUCCAUGAAAUGGACUUCAGUGGAAAUGACGUCAGUGGAGUGCUGUUCCAGUACCCAGACACGGAGGGGAAGGUGGAAGACUUCACUGAACUUGUGGAGAGAGCCCAUCAGACUGGGACCUUGGCUUGCUGUGCUACUGACCUUUUGGCUCUGUGUAUCCUGAGGCCUCCUGGAGAAUUUGGGGUAGACGUUGCCCUGGGCAGCUCACAGAGAUUUGGAGUACCACUGGGCUAUGGAGGACCACAUGCAGCCUUUUUUGCGGUUAGAGAAAGCUUGGUGAGGAUGAUGCCUGGAAGAAUGGUGGGAGUAACGAGAGAUGCCACUGGGAAAGAAGUGUAUCGUCUUGCUCUUCAAACCAGGGAGCAACACAUCCGGAGAGACAAGGCCACCAGCAACAUCUGCACAGCUCAGGCUCUCUUGGCGAAUAUGGCUGCCAUGUUUGCAAUCUACCAUGGCUCCCGUGGGCUGGAGCAUAUCGCUAGGAGGGUGCAUCAUGCCACUUUGAUUUUGUCUGAAGGUCUCAAGCGAGCCGGUCAUCAGCUGCAGCAUGACUUGUUCUUUGACACUCUGAAGAUUCAGUGUGGCUGCUCCCUGAAGGAGGUUUUGGGCAGGGCUGCUCAGAGGAAAAUCAAUUUUCGGCUUUUUGAGGAUGGCACACUUGGUAUUUCUCUUGAUGAAACAGUCAAUGAAAAAGAUCUGGAUGACUUGUUGUGGAUCUUUGGCUGUGAGUCAUCUGCAGAGCUGGUUGCCGAAAGCAUGGGGGAGGAACGGAGAGGUGUUCUAGCCACUGCCUUGAAGAGAACCAGCCCGUUCCUCACAAAUCAAGUGUUCAACAGCUAUCAUUCAGAAACAAAUAUUGUUCGAUAUAUGAAGAAACUGGAAAACAAAGACAUUUCCCUUGUUCACAGUAUGAUUCCACUGGGGUCCUGUACCAUGAAGCUCAACAGUUCAUCUGAACUUGCACCAAUUACAUGGAGUGAAUUUGCCAACAUCCACCCCUUUGUGCCUUUGGACCAAGCUCAAGGGUACCAGCAGCUUUUCCGAGAGCUUGAGAAGGAUUUGUGUGAGCUCACGGGCUAUGACCGAAUCUGUUUACAGCCUAACAGUGGAGCCCAGGGGGAGUACGCUGGGCUGGCCACUAUCCGGGCCUACCUAGAAGGGAAAGGCGAGGGACACAGAACGGUUUGCCUCAUUCCAAAAUCAGCUCAUGGGACCAAUCCUGCUAGUGCCUACAUGGCAGGCAUGAAGAUCCAGCCUGUGGAGGUGGAUAAAUACGGGAAUAUUGACACGGCUCACCUUAAGGCCAUGGUGGAUAAGCACAAGGAGCACCUGGCAGCGAUCAUGAUUACAUACCCAUCCACCAACGGGGUGUUUGAAGAGAACAUCAGCGACGUGUGUGACCUGAUUCACCAACAUGGGGGCCAGGUCUACCUCGACGGAGCAAAUAUGAAUGCCCAGGUGGGAAUCUGCCGUCCUGGAGACUUUGGGUCUGAUGUCUCACACCUAAAUCUUCACAAGACCUUCUGCAUUCCCCACGGAGGUGGCGGCCCUGGCAUGGGGCCCAUCGGAGUGAAGAAGCAUCUUGCCCCUUUUCUGCCCAAUCAUCCUAUCAUUUUGGUAAAGCCAGAUGAAGAUGCCCGGCCUGUGGGUACUGUCAGUGCAGCCCCGUGGGGCUCCAGCUCCAUCUUGCCCAUCUCAUGGGCUUAUAUUAAGAUGAUGGGAGGCAAAGGCCUUAAACAAGCUACGGAAAUUGCUAUUUUAAAUGCCAACUACAUGGCCAAGCGAUUAGAAAAACACUACAGAGUUCUUUUCCGGGGUGCAAGAGGUUAUGUUGCUCAUGAAUUUAUUUUGGAUCUAAGACCCUUCAAAAAGUCUGCAAAUAUUGAGGCUGUGGAUGUGGCCAAGAGGCUUCAGGAUUAUGGAUUUCACGCCCCUACCAUGUCCUGGCCAGUGGCAGGGACUCUCAUGAUCGAGCCCACUGAGUCGGAAGACAAGGCGGAGCUGGACAGAUUCUGUGACGCCAUGAUCAGCAUUAGGCAGGAAAUCGCUGACAUCGAGGAGGGCCGCCUGGACCCAAGGGUCAACCCGCUGAAGCCCUUUGUGAAACCAGAGAACAAAUUCUGGCCAACCAUUGCUCGGAUUGAUGACAUCUAUGGAGAUCAGCACCUGAUAGUCUUCAUCCUCAUAUUCCUAAGACAGCUGCUGCAUAUCCAGCCAUCACACACUCAUUCCAGAGAGGAAAAAAGAGGAAAAACAAGAGACAAAAGGCAAAUUCCAUCCACGUCAGCUUCUUUUGAAAUGGCUUCCCAAGGUUCCACCUGGGACAUGGUAUGGAGAGAUGCCCGAGGUCACACAGCUGGUGAGGGACAGCCACUGCUUGAACCCAGGCUGAGCAGCUUGCUCACUGGUGACAACAGGUUGUCCCACUUCCAUGGUCACUGCUCACCAGGAGACCGUCCUUCCUGUGCUGAAAACCAGGCUUUCAACACAAGCUAGCCAUCCGGGCAUGGAGUCAUCCCAUCUGAAGAAGGACAAGGAUGUGAAAACUAAGCAUGGAGGUGAACAGCCUUUUCUAAUGUCUUUAUCAGGCUAUAACGUAUUAGCGGUUGAGCAUCAAAGUUGUUUCCACAAUAAUGCAUCCAUUGCUUGUCCCCUAAAUCCAUCAGGGCAAAGACAAGUGAUGGAGUGUCUAAGUGAACUACUUGUCCUUCACUACUGUUAAGUGACUCAUGUUUUUUACCUGACACUUGUGCGCCCGACUUCCCCGCCUUUAGGUCCUUCCCUGUGUGGUACCCUCCACCUGGAGCACUCCCUGCCAGCCUUGCUGUGCUGGCUGCUGUUUGUUCACCUUUCAGCAUCUUCUCCAAAAGGUCUUACACACAUUUCCAGGAAAUGGGCUCCAUCAUUUGUCAGCACUCAGAUUUUUUUCCUAUACUCUUAGCACAAUUAGCAAUUAUUCUGUUGACCUGGGUGUUUUUUGUUGUUGGUUUGGGUUUUUUUUUGCCUCAUUAGAUCAAGUUCUCUGAGAGCAGGAACCAGAUCAGUGGAUUCCCAGUGCUUAGCCAGGUCCUGUAGUAUGUGUUCAAUGAAAAAAGAAAUAGGAAUGGAAUCAAUAAAGGGUUGAUCCGUGAUCUCAAAGAGUGACACUGUCACAGAAACCAGUAUUUUUAAUGCCUUUCUGUGAAUUCUAUUCAAGGAAAGUACAAAAUGCUGGGCCUUGAAACAGCACCUCUGGACAGAUUUUGUGUCUCUUUUUUUUAAGAUAGUUAUUUAUUUUUAGGAAGAGGGGAAAGGAGGGAGAAAGAGAAGGAGAGAAACAUCAAUGUACGAGAGAUUGAUUGGUUGCCUCCUGUACACUCCACAACCUAGGCAUGUGCCCUGACCAGGAAUUGAGCCAGUGACCUUUCAGUUUGCAGGCCGGCACCCAAUCUACUGAGCCACACCAGCCAGGGCUCCACUCCUUUUUCUAUUGUGGUAAAAUACACAUUACAUGUACCACUUUAACCUUUUUAAAUUCUACAGUUCAGUGACACCAAGUACCUUCAUGAUAUUGUGCAGGAUAUGCCCUUUUCCCAGUUUUGAAGGUGAGAGGCCUGAGGUAGAUGCGUACACAUGACCUGUGUGACUCAGGCAUCCCCUCCACCUGCUCACAGCCCUGACACAGGCCACAGGAUCCUGGGAACCAUCCUUGUCUGCAGGCACGUGACAGAGGGCAUGGGCCCAGCCUGGAAACCCUGUGAAAGCUCUAGAUGCCUCUAGGGGCCAUUUUUCCAAUGACAAGACUUGAGGUCAAUGACAAUGACAUCCUUUAUUUUCCAUCGAAAUGAAGGAUGUAGUUGUCACUGUUGGGUGCAAAAAACCUUCUGGGACAGAGAGUUAGAAACUGAGAUGUUCGCGCUUUUAGAGGCUCCCAGGGCUUCAGGACAUUGGGCAGGUUCAGAGAGGUUUCCUAGGGCAGUGACUUUUCAACCCUGUGUGUCUAGAUUGUUGUGAGGGUGUUAACACAGAACGCUAGACCCUGGCUCCAGAGUUUCUGAUUCAGUACGUCUGCAGUGUGGCCUGAGAAUUUCCAUUUUUAAAAGUUCCAGGUAUUGCCGCUCAGCUUUCUUUGUUCACAUUUCAGGUAUUUUCCAGAACUCUAAGCCUUUAAGGGAUGGUAAGGGUGGGAAAGAUGCUUAAGUUAGUCUAGUCAGUAUUUUUUAUGCAAUCUUGCUGCUUUGAGAGAAAAAUCCCUCAUUCCAGGUUUUGGCUGAGGCUCCCACCACUGGAGGAGACUGAGCCGGCGCCACAUAUGUUUUGGCCUUGUCUCUAAUCUGCUAGAUUCGCUCCUGCCUGCACUGUAGCUACAAGUUUUUUGUUUAAGAUCAGAGUGUAGCUUUAUUACAGAUAAAGCUGAUUGGAGACUGUGGUUUUGGAUCUCUAGCCAGAGGGCGUGCUCCAUUUCUGCCCUUGGUGCUUCACCAGUCUAAGCCGGGAGACACCCAGCAGAGGGAAAGUCUGAGUCUGUAGAGCAGAUGCUCCAACCCAGACUUGCUGCCCCGUGCUGACCCCAGGUGAAGAGGGAAGAGAAAAAGGCAGGUUUCCCCAGUGCUGAUGGCAGUAACAUAGAUGCAUGGAGGUCAUUUUCAGUCUCCCCUACAGAGAAGAGUAAGAGGUGGGGCUAGAGACAGGAGUGUGGUCACCCCACAAACAACAAGGAAUCUAGGAAGCAGGAGUUGGUGCCCAGCCUUUAUAUUGUGCACCUGGAGCUUUCCCCACAUCUCCACACCUUUCAUACUCACAACUGCCUGAGGAUGGUGACAAGUCCCUGAUAUUAGAGUUAGAAUCCUGGCUGUCAGAUCGCCCUUCCCAAAGUUUGUUUGGAAAUGCAGUUAAUUUGGGGCAGGAGGAGGUCUCUGGUCCCUGGACGUAGCAAGGGUUAGUGGGCACCUUUUCCAUCCAAGCAGUGCUGAGAGCUUUUGGUUUAAUUGGCUUUACAGGGCAAUCUGGGAACCUACCUCUUUCCUCUCUAUCACUGUUCCUAGGGGAAACAUCUGUACAAAUUUGUACAAACAAGAUUAUUUCCUUUUCAAACUACUUUGAGCCACGGAUCAGGGCUCUCCUCCUUUGACAACUUCUGAAAUGCAAGUUGGAGAUUGCCUGUCAUUUUUCUGAAUUCAGUAGAAUUGAUGGAGGUUUGAAAAAAAUCUCAGUUACUUUUUUUCAUGGCCCUACAGGACUUUCCGGGUGUCUAGACCUCUCCCUUGUAGAGGUUAGGGUUUUCAGAAGCAAUGCAAGAGAAAUUUUUGUGUGCUUUUGAUCUGAUUACUGCCUUGUGCUUUAACAUCACUAGUAAAAAUGUAUAGUUCAAGUGUGACAUUUAAAAUUUUCUUCUAAAGCACUUCUGAAAAUCAAUGGGAAAAAAAAAACAACCACCAGAAAACACUUGGUGAGACUCAGAAGAUUUAAGUGCUUUAAAAUAACAGCCCCACUCCCGGAAGCAGGGCGGGAUCCAAUGGCACCAGGAGCGAUGCCAGUCAUCCUAAAAAAAUGCAGACUUUUCCCCAAUGGUGCUGCUACUGGGAACUUGAUCCAAAAGUGUUCCUCACUGCAGCAGGAGCGGCCAAAGUAGAAUGAGAUGCAAACAUUCUUUCUUAAAAGACUGGCAUGAAGAACGGGGUAAAAAAAAGGUAAGGCACUUGCAUUCAACAUAUUUUAUGAAAUACACGGGAAUAUUAACUUUCCCAAAAUAGAAGAACUAAAUGUUUUUAUUGGUUAAAAGAAGCUGCUUCAGAGGCAUUCCAACAGACAAUGAGGAAAAUACUCUCCAUGGAAGGAGACAGUGGGGUUGGCUGUUAAAUAAACUUGCAAAUAGCAAAGGAGUGAGUGUAGUGUGUGGUGCCAGGCAUGUUGGGGGGGGAGGAGUGUGGAGGGUUUGCACUAUUUCUGUAUUUAGUCAGAAAAGGAGCUUUUUGUCUGGGACAGUGUCCACCAUGAGAGAAGUACUGUCAAUCUGAAGUUCAAUGCCAGUGAGCAUGAGGCAGUUCUGGGAGGAGAGGCUAAAAGGUGUCACAGUUGCAUUUCAGAAUGCUGCCCAUGGUUUUUAUAAGUAUGAAAAUGAGUUUCAUUCUCAUUUUCAUACUCAUUUCAUACUUAAAGGGCUUUGAAAAGAAGGAUGUGCCAUACAACAACCUUUCAGAUAUUUUUAAUUCAUGCAUGCUGCACAUUGGCUCUCUUUAAAAUAGUGUCGAAACCCAGUUUUCAUAAUGCAAGAGGACGUAAUGUAAAUUAAAAAUAAAUAACACAGUGAAGCAGAAAACAGUGCAAAGUAACACAGUUUGAGUUGAAAUCCUAGGUCUGCACUGACUACCUGUGAUUUAGGGUGAGUAACUAACUCUGAAACCACUACCUUAUUGUAAAAUGGAGAUAAUGCCAUUUACUCCACAGGUGGUGAGAGUAGUAAGUGAAAUAAUAUACGGAAACACCGACAACACUCUUCUUUCUGGAGAAACUGAGCAGAUGUUGGAAAUACUGCCAUCCCUGCUCCAAAGACAUGGAUAUGAUAGUAAAACAGUCCUCUUAGCCCCAUUAAGAAAACAGACAAACAUAGGUCCUCAAGGAAGGAAAGAAUGGACAGUAAGGAGCAGAAAUGGGGCAUUUUCAGAACUGGGAAAGCCCUGUUCCAAUGAGGACCAAAAAAAUCAGUAUCUACUAAACCCAGGGUCAUGGUAGGAAACAAGCUUUCCCUCCCAGACCACGGUCACUCACAAGGGGCUUUGCUACAGGUGAAUGCAGAAGCCAGAUUCAUACCAGUUACAAAUUGGACUCCCAUUCAACAAAAUUAAUAGUUCAGUUUUGGGAGAACAUAUAUGGCCCUAGAAGAAACCAUCUAAAAAUUUUUCCAAAGAAAGCAAUAGUAUCUACACAAAACAAAGCUCUAAACAAAACACUCUGAGAAGAAAAUUCCCCAGAAAAUGAACUCACAAGUUUACAAACACAAUGAAAUUCAAUGUUAAGCAACAAUAACUGGCAGAAUUCUUACUUUAGGAACCAGAAAUGAGGAAGAUUAAAAGGGCUUUGAAAUAAGUUUUUAAAUGCUCAAAGACAUAUUGGAAACACUAAGAUUCAUAAAUACAUACAAGAGAUUAUGAAACUAGAAGAGAUAAAGUCAAACAAAAUCAGGAAAUAUACUUCUUAAAAUAACUUAUUUAGAUGGGUUGAACUUUGACUAGACUGAACAAGAAAAUUCAAUGAAGUGGAAGAAUGACUGAUGGGAGGAAAUCACCCAGAACCUAGCACAGAGGGGUAGAGAUGAAUGAUUUAAGAGAUGCUAAGGUUACACUGUGAAAGCUAGGAGGUUGAGAUUGGAGAUAGAGGAUUUGGCUAAGGAGCAAUAUUUCUAAAAGGAAACAAAAAAUUUUAGAACUGAGUCAUACAUUUUUAAUUUAAAGGAAUACAAUGAAUCCCAAACAAAGCAAAUAGUAAUUAACCCACACCUAGAAAAAUUUCAGUGAAACUCAGUUGAGGGAAAACACAAGGAACUAUCAAACUGACAUUCAACUUUUUUUGGUCAAUGGACUCCAGAACACAAUGGAAUACCUACAAAAUCCUGAGUAAAGGUAACUAGAGAUCUAGACUUCUAACCUAGUCAAUUUAUUCAUCUAAAAAUCAUUGUGACAAAUAAAGUCAUUUUCAGACUUGCAAAGAUUGAGAAAACUUACUGUUCCUAGACCUUCACUGAAAGGUCAAUGAUACAAAAGCAUCUUGAAGUAUUCAACAUGAAAUAGCCAAAAAAAGGGGAGACAAGUCUUGUCAGUCUUAAAUCAUCCUUCAGUUACUGAUAACAUUUAGUAACUCAAACAUUUAAAAAAUGUGGAUUUAAAAAAAAAUUUUAUGUAUUUAUCUUUAGACAGAGGAAAAGGGAGGAAGAAAGAGAUAAAUAGAAACACUGAUGUGCAAAAGAAACAUCAGUCGGUUGCCUCUUGCAUGCCCCGGACUGGGGACCUGGCCCGCAACCCAGGCAUGUGCCCUGACCAGGAGCUUUUGGUCUGUAGGAUGAUACCCAAUCCACUGAGCCACACCAGUCAGGGCAAAACCAAAUUGGUUUAAAAAAAAGUUACAACUAGAGACUUCUGGCCAAGAUGGGGAGGUGCAGGUAGACAUGCUUUGCUUCUUCUCACAACCAUAAAAAUGAUAACUAAACUCAAAACAAAAAGCAUCAGAACGUCCAGAAAAUUGAACUGUAUGGAAGUCCGACAACUAAGGAUCUAAAGAAAUAUUCAGACGGGUAGGAGGGACAGGGAGGAUGCAGUGUGGUUGGUGGCGAGGCAGUGGUGGGGGCUGUCAAUCUGUGUCGUCUGGCCCUACAUCUGCAUCUGGCAGAUAAAAACAGAGAGGGACAAUUGGGGAGGAAAUGAUCCCGGCACAGGCCACACCAUGCAGACCAGGGUUUCAGCACCAGGAGAAUAAAGCCUCGUAACUUCUGGCUGUAAAAACAAGUAGGGGUUGGGGGAGCAGAAGAAACUGCUGGUGUUUCAUGAGAGUCCAUUUAAAGGACUCAUACAGUCCUAGAACCCAUGUAAACACACCCAUGCUGGGAUUUAGCACCAGGGCAGCAGCUAGAAGGGUGCGAGUCACAUAUGGAAAGUGGGGGAAGUGACUGGAAAUAGGGUGAGAAGUAAGCAGAAAAAUCCACAGGGAACCAACACUGAAAGGAAGGAAGCUGGGGUUCAAAAUCAACAAUUUGGAACAAAGGGAAGAAACAGUCAACCAGUACAGAAUGAAGACAUAAGAAUUCAAAAAAAAUGAGGAGAGAAUAAGACCCUGGGACUUCUACAAACGUGCCAACAAGCAAAUCAUAGGGAUGCUAGAAGGAGAAGAGGAAGAGCAAGAAAUCAAAAAUUUAUCUGAAAAAAUAAUGAAAGUUAAAUCCCCCAAUCUGGUGAAAGAAAUAGACAUACAAGUUCAGGAAGCACAGAGAGUCCCACCAGACAAGUUGGACAAAAAGAGGGCCACACCAAGACACAUCAUAAUUAAAAUGCCAAAGUUUAAAGGGAAUCGUGAAAGCAGACAGUUACCUACAAAGGAAUUCCCAAAAGACUAUCACCUGAUUUCUCAAAAGAAAGUUGACAGGCAAGAAGGGGCUGGAAAAAGUAUUCAAAAUCAUUCAUUAAAGGCAAGAACCUACAAUCUAGAUUACUCUAUCCAGCAAAGCUCUCAUUUACAAUGGAAGGGCAGAUAAAGUGCUUCCUAGACAAAGUAAGGCUAAAGGAGUUCAUCAUCACCAAAUCAUUAUUACACGAAAAUUUAAAGGGACUUAAUGACAACAAUCUCACAGCUAUUAACAACUGAGUAUGAAAAAACUGAAACAAACUAAGCAAACAAGUAAAACAGGAAGAGAAUCAGAAAUAGAGAUCACAUGGAGGGUUAUCGGUGGGGGGGAGGGGGAGAAUGGGAAAAAAGUUGCAGAGAAUAUGAAACAUAAAUGGUAGGUACAAAAUACACAGGGGGAUGUUAAGAAUAGUAUAGGAAAUAGAGAAGCCAAAAAAAUUAUAAGCAAGACCCACAAACGUGAACUUGGGGGUGGGGAUU